AAAAAAGCAGCUUACCAGACGACACUUUGCACUGGUUUGCUUUAAGUCACGCAACUGCACGGCGGCGGCGGCUAUAAAGGUGGUGUAGCCGAGGCGGAUGGUCACUACCUGGGGAAGAAGAGAAAGCCUGACACAUGGUCCUGAAGAGACGAAAAAUCCAGCAUACUCUCCCUCGACUAGUACAUCUCAUUCACGGUUCCGGGAUUGGUGCAAGAUGCGAUGCGGGGUGCUUGCCGGCUUGUGUGUAGCGCUGGUGGGGGUGUGUGUGCACGUGCCCCAGCCGUGUGAGGCACAUUUGGAGUUAGUGGCUCCCAUAACUGAAGAAACUCACAGCGCAAUGGAAGGCUGACAAGAUGAGUCUGCUGGGACACAAGUGCCACUACUACGGCACCCUCACAGGCACUGGAGUCAAGCAGUACUACUACGGCAAGUUCUCCUGUCCUGGGCUGGCGGACUUCUCUGGCAUGUCGAAGGCGAAGGACAAGCUAGAAUCAAUGGUGGCCGCUGCUAAGGACUUCCUGCUCCAGGCCUUCAAAUUGGGAAUCAUAAAACUGCAGGACGCCGUUUCCUGGUUGGAGGCUAAGUGUUUAGGCCUGGGAUGCUAAGUGUGAGAGAGAAGGAAGAGAAAGAGGAGGCGGAGGAGGAGGAGGAGGAGGAGGAGGAGGAGGAGGAGGAGGAGGAGGAGGAGGUGUGGAUUGUACCAGCGCAGAACGGUAGUAUUUGUGUCUCGUUCUUCGGGGAAUGAGCAUAGAUGAUUAAAAGAAAAGUAAUGGAAUAGAAAUAAAAUAAAAAUAAUGAAAUGUAGAUUACGAGGAAGUUAAAUAAUUAUAAUCAAAGAAAGAGGAAAUGUAAUAUAGCAAGGAAAACGUAAACUUCAAAGGAGGAGGAGGAGGAGGAGGAGGGGGAGGAGGAGUUGAUGGUGUGGAUGUUUGCGGCGCAUGACGAUUUGAUUUGUGUCUUGUGUUUCAGGAACGAGUGUGGUUAAUUAAGUUAUAAGAUUAAAACAAAAUAAAAAUCAUAGGCUACAGUUGGAGACGGACCUAAAUCACUAAAUCAUGAAAGAAAGAGAUAAUGUUGCAAGGAAAAUGUGAACUUACUAUGUCUUAUACCUUUUAUUUAUCUUUUACUGUGUAAUUACAUUUUCAUUGCGAGAAAAUAAUGAAAUACAAAUAAAUGGAUACAUAAAACAUAUCAUUCAGUAAA